GGAUUACGGUAGAGAGUCACUGCGCGGUUCCUCAGCUGAUAUGACAUAAAGCUCCACAUAAAAGCCGCAUCAGUUCUCCUGCUCUUUCACAGUCAGAAGCGGCAUGUGAGCUCCACCAGCAUGAACUCCACUGAAGAUAUCACUUUAACCCCGGUAGCUCUGCCCCGGGAGCUCGCGCAGAACCCGCUGCAUAAGAUAUGGAUGCCGUGCAAGAACGGACUUCCGGAAAAGCACAUUUCCCAGAGAAGAGUUUGCAUGACUAAUUGUCCCACCCUCAUAGUGACUGUGGGGUUGCCAGCUAGAGGAAAGACCUACAUCUCUAAAAAACUCACUCGAUACCUCAACUGGAUUGGUGUUCCCACUAAAGAGUUUAAUGUUGGACAGUACCGGAGGGAGUGUAUGAAAGUCUACAGGAACUUUGAGUUUUUCCGUCCUGAUAAUGAAGAGGGACUAAAGAUCAGGAAACAGUGUGCUCUGACUGCUCUGAAUGAUGUGAGACAGUUCCUCGGUGUGGACGGAGGACAAGUGGCUGUGUUUGACGCCACAAACACGACGAGAGAGAGAAGGAAAAUGAUCAUGAGAUUUGCUGAACAAAAUGGUUACAAGGUGUUUUUUGUUGAGUCGGUGUGUGACGAUCCGGAGGUUAUUGCUCAGAACAUUGUUCAGGUAAAGUUGAACAGUCCUGAUUAUAUUGACUGUAACACUGAGGAGGCCGUUCAGGACUUUAUGGAGAGGAUUAGAUGUUAUGAGAACUUGUACGAGCCGCUGGACGAGGUGUUGGACCGGGACCUGUCCUACAUUAAGGUGAUGGAUGUGGGGAUGCGAUAUUUAGUAAACCGUGUGAUUGACCACGUUCAGAGUCGCAUCGUUUAUUACCUGAUGAAUAUUCACAUCGCUCCACGCUCCAUCUACCUCUGUCGCCAUGGCGAGAGCGAACUCAACAUCCGGGGCCGCAUCGGGGGCGAUUCAGGACUUUCCCCCCGUGGCAAGCAGUUUGCUGCGUGUUUGGGGAAAUUCAUUCAGGAACAGAACAUAAAGGAUCUGAAAGUUUGGACAAGUCAAAUGAAGCGAACCAUCCAGACUGCAGAGGCACUCAUUGUUCCCUACGAACAGUGGAAAGCUCUUAAUGAGAUUGACGCUGGCGUGUGUGAGGAGAUGAUGUAUGAGGAGAUACAGGAACAUUAUCCUCUGGAAUUUGCACUGCGGGAUCAGGACAAGUUCCGAUAUCGCUACCCUAAAGGAGAGUCGUAUGAGGAUCUGGUGCAGCGUCUGGAGCCUGUGAUUAUGGAGUUGGAGAGGCAGGAGAAUGUUCUGGUGAUCUGUCAUCAGGCCGUCAUGCGCUGCCUCCUCGCCUACUUCCUGGACAAAAGUGCAGAGGAGUUGCCGUAUCUGAAAUGUCCCUUACACACAGUGCUGAAACUCACACCUGUGGCUUAUGGGUGUAAAGUGGAGUCGGUGGGUCUGAAUGUGGAAGCAGUGAACACACACAGAGACAAACCUGAGAACGUGGAUGUGUCUCGUCUGGCUUCGGAGGCGCUACUCACCGUCCCUGCACACCAGUGAACACUCGCACUCUCUCUCACUCACUCACUCACACACUCCUGUUUACUCCUUAAUAAUAAUCCUUCAUUAUUCUCCUGUAACACUGUGAAGGAUUUGUACUUUUUGUCAUAAUAAUCAAACUGUGAUGACUGGAAUCCAGUCCUGUAGUUAACGUGUGUGUGUGUGUGUGUGUGUGUGUGUGUGUGUGUGUGUGUGUUUUACACUCAGAUUUACACACACAGGAUGCAUGUACAUGAUGGUGAGCUUGUGCAACUGAAACAUUUAUCUUCCUCAUUUUUCUACAUUUUCCUGAUGUUUACACUUUUUUUUUUCUAAAUGUUGAAACGGCACUUUUUUUUGUUGUUGAGGGGAAAAAUAAAAAUAAUCCACUGUGCCAAAAGCAAAACUUUAUUUAGAGCCUUAAUCUGUGUUUCUUUUUGGUUUAACGACAACAUAGUUGGAGAUUUUAACCCUUUAACCCCGCUCUGGUUUCUCAUUGCUGUAAAGCGGAACGUCCCCAGAUUCAAAUCUGAUGAGAGUGAGGAGUUCAGUUUUUGGAUAAAAAAAAAUGUGAAAUAAAGAGAGAAAGAAAGAUCACAAUCAAAUAAAAUUUGAUUUGAAUUUAGACACAAAGAGCUUUUAUUUUGGUGAUGAAUAUCAUCCCGAGUUUCUGAUUUAUGUUCUGUUUAUAUUUAACUGUAACACAAAUGUAUAGUAUAUUUACAGUCUGUAUAAAGAAUACACAAAAACCGUGUUCACAAACGUGCCGAUGUGUGUGUGUGUGUGUGUGUGUGUGUGUGUGUGUGUGGGGUGUGUCUUAAACAUUCUACAGAGACACAGAAACUGUGAGAAGGAAAUAAAUAAAACUCCUUUUUUUCAUGUUUGAGAGAAAGUGGUGUACAGAUUUAUUCCUCAGCUGUUUGUUAUAAUUUUACAGUGAAGCCAGAACUCAGAACAUCAUCAUCACUGCUCUUUAUCUUUACCGUGUCUCACCUUCUGGAUGUAUGUAAAUGUAUGUAUUACUUUCCCAUACGCACAAGUCUUCAGCGCUGCUUCACGAAUGGGCCUUAAAUCAGGACUAAAACAUCUGGAUCUGACGCAUAAACACACUUUUAUGUGUAUUUUAUGUUCGGGUUUCUCUGUUUAACAUUUAGUAGUGUUUAUGAAAAUAAAGCGUUUCUUAUGAGAAAUAUAACACUCAUGACUCAGUUCACUGAACCAUGGUGUAAAAAAAUAUUUUAAAUAAAGUGAUUUAACGAG